AGCUAUCUGGAGCAUGUGGUAUUUUUCUUUGCAUUUGUCACAGUGCCGUCUUUAUCGUAAACUAAGAAAGACAGCUAGCUGGCUGUAUUGGUCGCCCACGCAUCUUUCAUAACGCGGCAGUGCCUUCGGCGCCACAAGCCAUGCGUGGGCGAAGCUUGUGCGUUACGCUUCUGCUGUUGUGCAGCUUCGUCUGUCCCUUAUACGCGGCAACGAAUGACGGGAAAGGCGCAGGCCCGGUGAAGCAGGGAAGUGGGCAAGCGGCACUCGUCCACGAUGCGGACGUCGUCUCCCGUGCUCUGGUACGCGACUUGGUGCCGGCAUCGACCGCAGUCUCAGCGUCGGCGCGCUCCGCGGCCGGCCGGCUAGUGCUCGAGUCCCUGGUGUUCCUCGCGGUUCUGGCGACCAGCCUGACACUCUUCCCGGGCUGGUAUUCCGUGCUGGUGGCGCUGUCGGCGCUGUUCUCCCUCUACGAGACGGCAACCACGGCGGCAGCAGUCACGCCGGUAUUCACGGCCAGGGGAGACUUCAGUCCGAUGAACGUCACCGACACCAAUUGCCAGGUCCAGCUGCUGUGCGAGGUGACCCGGUUGACCCGCGCCAGGUUCCCGGUGGUGGCCACUCUUCUCAAGUCAGCGGCCAGGGGCGACCACAGGGGCGGCCCCUUCGUGCAGGCCAUACUGGCGGGGCUCAGCCGCGUCGACUGCGCCACGCUGUUCGGCUGCCCGCGCGACCGCAUCGAGCCUCUGCUCGCGAGGCAGCCUCGACGAUGACGCCCGUGAUCGUGCCGCGCCCCGCUCGAUCCUGCAGCCGAACUUGUUGCUCAGCGCGGACCGUGAACCGCGCGGUCGAUCUGCUCCUUCCCAGUCAAGGAGUGUUCCAAACCUCCUUGUUGCUAAUCGUGUCCCCUGAACACGACAUGGAGCUUCUGAAUACGAGCUCGAGCUGUUCUUAAAAGUAUAAUACACCAAGGCCGAGGUGAAGCACUGCAAUUAUGUAUGGCGCAUUGAAAGGCACACGUUCACGGCGCUCACUACGGAUUGGCACGUGUACUGCAGACAGUAAAACUCACUUUCGACAAUCUGCUC